AUGCCAGGCGAUGGAUUCACCAUUAAAAGCCGUAUUAGGAAUUUGCUGCGCUCACCAUCAAUCAAGAACAAGAAGAGCAGCAAAGAAAACCUCACCAGCAAGGUGACACUGGAAAAGGUCCUGGGCAUCACCGCUUCUGGAAACAGUGGACUGGCCUGCGAUCCCCGAUCUGGACUUGUGGCCUAUCCUGCAGGAUGUGUGGUGGUCUUGCUAAACCCCAAAAAGAACAGACAGUUUCACAUUAUGAACACAUCAAGAAAAACUAUCACAGCCUUGUCCUUCUCCCCUGAUGGAAAGUACUUGGUGACAGGAGAGAGCGGUCACCUGCCAGCAGUGAGGCUGUGGGAUGUUGCAGAGCGAAGGCAGGUGGCGGAGCUGCAGAAGCACAAAUAUGGCAUCUCCUGUGUGGCUUUUUCUCCCAAUGGCAAAUACAUAGUCAGUGUGGGAAACCAGUAUGACAUGAUGGUGAACGUCUGGGCGUGGAAGAAAGAUUUAAUCGUGGCUGCUAACAAAGUGUCCAGCAAAGUGACAGGUGUGUCUUUUUCCGAGGACAGCUCCUACUUUGUCACUGUUGGGAACCGGCAUGUCAGGUUCUGGUAUCUGGACCACUGCAAGGCCAGCAAGGCCAGCGCUCCUGUUCCUCUGCUGGGCCGCUCCGGCCUGCUGGGAGAGCUGAGGAACAACUUCUUCUGCGAUGUGGCUUGUGGGCGCGGCUCUAAAUCUGACUGCACCUUCUGCAUAACCUCCUCUGGGCUGUUGUGUGAGUUUAACAGCAAGAGGAUGCUGGACAAGUGGGUGGAUCUACGGACUGAUGUGGCCCAGACUCUGUGUCUGUCUGAAGACAUGAUCUUCUGUGGCUGUGCUGAUGGGAUGGUGCGAGCUUUCAGUCCCGUUGACCUGCACUUUGUCUGCACGCUUCCACAGCCGCACCCCCUUGGCUCUGACGUCUCUGCCGUCACAGAGGCCAGCCACUUAUUUAACACCAAGCUGGACGCCCGUUACCCAGAUGCAAUCGCUCUGACUUUCGACCCUGUCAGCCGCUGGCUCAGCUGUGUGUACAAUGACCACAGCCUGUAUGUGUGGGAUGCAAGAGAUGUGCACAGGGUGGGGAAGGUGAACUCUGCCCUCUUCCACGCUGCCUGUGUUUGGGACCUGGAGGUGUUUCCAGAUGUUCCUGGAGAAUUUGUUGCCGGCCUGUCAUCAGGCACAUUCCUGACGUGUUCAGCUGAUAACACCAUAAGAUUGUGGUGCACAGAUGACUGGACACAAAUUCAUGUUCAUCCUCAGAAUAUCCUCAGCAAUGACCUCCUGAAUAUAAUCUACAUAGAUGGGAACACCAACACCCUGCUGGAUCCUGAAUCUACAACUAAUGUGAACACAGAUAAAUCAGGGGAUACACAGACAGCAGAAAUCAGGACAGGCAUCAGGACCAUCUGUGUCAGUCCAGACGGCAAACACCUGGCAUCUGGAGAUCGCAAUGGGAUGCUGAGAGUUCAUGACCUUAGCAGCAAGGAGGAGGUACUGAAAGUGGAUGCCCAUGAUGCUGAGAUCCUCUGUCUUGAAUACAGCAAACCAGAAACAGGUCUGAAGCUGCUGGCCACAGCCAGCAGGGACCGUCUGAUCCACGUCCUGGAUGCAGAUAAUGACUACAGUCUGGUGCAGACGCUCGACCAGCACUCUUCAUCCAUAACAGCCGUCCGCUUUGCCGCUAAUGACAACAAGGUGAGGAUGAUCAGCUGUGGGGCAGACAAGAGCAUCUACUUCCACACAGCACAUAAGACUGACAGAGGAACAGAGUUCAGGCGUUCUCACCACAUGGUGAGGAAAACCACACUUUAUGACAUGGGGGUAGACGCCACCUGCAAGUACGCAGCUGUCGGCUGUCAGGACCGCUGCAUCAGGAUUUUCAAUAUCAACAGUGGCAAACAGAAAAAGCUCUACAAAGGAUCAUUGAGUGAAGAUGGCAGUCUGCUCAGGGUUCAGAUCGAUCCUUCGGGUCAAUAUGUGGCCACCAGCUGCUCCGAUAAAAACAUCAGCAUCUUUGACUUCUACACCGGGGAGUGUGUCGCCACUAUGUCUGGACAUUCUGAAAUUGUCACUGGGAUGAAGUUUACCAACGACUGCAAACAUUUGAUCUCUGUAUCGGGAGACAGCUGUAUCUUUGUGUGGCGACUUUCUCCAGAACUAACGAUCACCAUGAAAGAGAGGCUGUACCAACUCCAGCAAAGCCCAAACACACCACCCUGUAAAGCCCCAAGAAUCAGGAGGGAGGUGUAUAGCGCUCCAGUUCUGAGUGGUCUGUCUUCUGAGAGUGACCAUGAGCCCGAGGAGGAGGAGGAGGACCAAGUGGAGAACAAUGAUGCCAAUGAUCAAGAUGACAACACAAGCAUCACUUCCACUGACAGCAGCCAUGGGGAGGAGGACACAGGAUGCUCAGAUGAAGGACAGGACUGGGAGCUGAGGAAGCAUGGAGCUGUCAGCCUUGUUCCUGACCCAACAAAGCGUCCGCGGAGGCGUUGGUCUCAUCGUAUGGGCUCGCUGGAGCUAAUGGUUAAAUCCAUGCUGGACCUAAGGCAGCUUGAGACCUUUGGUCAUAAGAAAAACUCCAAUUGCUCCUCUUUUGACAGAGAGAGGCAGAGUACGAUCAGCCUUCACGAACCUGUGCAGCAUUUAGAGGAGCGAUCCAGGAAACAUCGACCCUUUCUGUCCUCACCCACUUCCAGGUGCAAUAAGGGAGCAGAUGGUGCUGUGCCCUUCCCUGAGGAACCUGAGGAUGACACAAGUCCUCAGGAUAGAGAUUACAUGGUGAAGGAGCCACGUUGCAACACACCCUUUAGGGGGGUCUUUGGUGAGAGCCAGGACAGCCGCAGCCCAGACAGUGCUUGCUCACUGGGCUAUGACAGCAGGGAGUCCAGCCCAGAUCGUGUCCUGGAUGACUGCGCAGAUGAGGAAUCUCUGAGUCGGGACAGCUCUGAUGAGGAGAAUGAGGAAAGAGAAGAAAAGAGGAAAAAGGCAGCAGUGACGAGUAUGGAUGAGGCUCUGAGGACGGUGAACGCAGCUGCUGAUCACAGUCAGGAGGACUUCCUCAAGCAGAACUUUGAGACGCUGGCAGAUAGCUGCACCACAGUGGAGCAGAAUAGAGUCCCCAGGCUCAGUAUGUCUUCACGCUUCCUGGCCAGAGGAAAUAAUAACAGAGCGGCGUCACCGUUUACCAAAAUGACUGGAAAUGAACAAACUGGCCACUCUGUUAACCCACCAGUCUCAAAAGUGCGGCCCCUGAUGGAAGAUGGGGAGGUCCGAAAGUCAGAGGACAAGAUCCCUGAGUCCCCUGGCAGAACAGAAGGGACUCCAGAGACAGGCUCUCCUCCCAAACUUAGACCCCUAAAGAAGAAGACAUCAGGAUCCCACCUUUGGAGGAUGUCCAACCCUCCACCUAAAGCUUCACCUAUGUUGGACAUAACUUGUUUGCAGAAGUCACACUCUGCACAGAACUUAGUCACAGACUCUCCUCAUUCCCCUAUUUCUUCUGGUGCCCAGAGAGAGCUAUGCAAGAGACCUCAGCAGCUUUCUCUGGCUCAUGACACACCUAAACCUUCCUUUCACUUUUCUUCACCUUCCUCUGGGUCCCCACAGUCCCCUCAGUUGCCUCUGCCAUGGGACAGCCCCAAACUAAAGCCUCAGCACUCUUACAUGAACCCCACUGCCAGCUCCAUGGCCAAAAGCAGUCGAUCAUCCUCUCUGGGAGACGAUCUCCAAUCGGGAUCUCCACCAUGCUCCCCAAGCUUUCGCAAAUGCAGGAGGUCAUCCGAGGAACUGGAGGUGGAGCCACCUCUUCUCUCCUCAUCCCCUGUCACCACUUUCCAAUCCUCUGUCUCAUCCCUCUUAUCGAGCUCUCCAUCAAACAACCCCUCUGCAGUCCCUUCUCACCUUACACCUACAGUUUACUCAGCUCGUGCCCUGCCGUCUCGCAUCCCUCUUCCAAAGCAGCCUCUCAGUCCUCGACGUAGCCUGUGUCUGGAGGUGAAACCAAGCCAGAGUUGGUGUGGAGUUGCAGCCAGGGCUUCCUCUCCUACAGCAGACCCUGAUCAUGAUGUUUCUCCUUCUCUUGGAAAAAUGCAAACACGAUGCAGGCAGCUGUCUCUAAGUUUAGAUCCAGCGUUGCCAAGUUCCCUUCCUGUGAGGCAGACAAAGGGCUCUUUUUUAGAAAGUGCCAGGGAGGGAGGACAUUCGACUAAAGAGCGCCCUCUGGUGCCUGAAGAGGUGUUCAGCCCACAUGCAGAUCAUACGGUCACCGUGGAAACUUGCAGACAGACUGUUACUGAUCUUCACAGCAGUCUCAGGAAAACCAUUGUUCUGUACACCAAGCUACUGCAAGACGACCAACAUCCCAGUGGAGAUCAGCAGGAGAUGAGGAACAUCCUGUCUGAGGCCCUGUUUACAGUCAAGUCCGAAUUGGACUCUCUGCCACACCCCAUCUCACAGUGUGAAGGACCCCGAGGGGACCAAGGGGUGAAAGGUGAGGGAGACAAAGCCCUGGCACUGCUGGAGCAGUAUGCCGAACUGCUGCUAAAGUCUGUGGAGAGGAGACUAGAUACCAAGAACUGAAGAGAUGGACUGGUGCUUGUAAGGCACAUACGCUAACGAGACCCUGAUACAUGUAGAGGCAAUGGCACUGUGAGCUGUACACUUGUUAUUUGCACAAACAUCUUAUCUCUUUAUAUCUGGAGAAGAUGAAAGAAUGCAUGUGGAGUAUUAUGCACUGAAAAAAGUUAGCUUUUUAUAGGAAAGAUGCCUUAUGUUCUUGUUGCCACAGCUCUUUUUUGUCUGUGCUCCACUUUUUUUUUUAAUCAAGCUUCAUUAGUGUAGUGAAUGUAAAAGGGGAGACACCAGAGGCAUUGAAAUGGUAUGAAGGACAAAGGCAAAUCAAGCAUCCAACAAUAUACUGCAUGAAAUAAACAAGUGUCUUGAUCAAUUUUCUGCUGUGAAAGCUGUUCCAGACAAAAUAUUAUUUUUAAUCAAAUAGAUACAGCCAGUUUUCUUCAGUGUGCCCAGAUUUCAUGAAUGUUACGGUUAUUAUUUUAGGAUUUUUGUGUUUAAUACUAAUAUUUUUGCCAGUUUAUGUUUUGCAAUAAGGCCUGUUGAUACAUCUAAAAAUAUUGGGUUCAUCCUCUGGUGAAUAUGAUGUUUAAUAAUUAAGAUGUCUUAUUUACAGUGUGGAAAUCUGUAAAACAAGACGCACUAUCUGAACCGUCUGCUGUGUUUUUGGCUAUGAUGGUUGAAAAGGAGUUUAAGUAGGAGGCUGGAGGAUGUGAAGUUCAGGUGUGAGGACAGAAAUGGUUAUAUUUAUCCAUAAGUAUUCUAGAUAUAUAGUCUACCUCCAUCCGUCAUGUUAUUCAUAUGCUUGUGCUGAUAGUAUCUCCCUUGCUGCAAAAAUAACUAUAACUUUUUAAUUAUCACAGCUUAAU